CUGGAUGGGGAACACUGCAAUCUAAUGGUAAGUGAACAUUUGCUUGCCAGUUAACUGAAUGCAGAUAUUACUGUAAACCUCAACAGUUUACCUUGAAAUAAAAACCAUACAAUGUGUCCUCUGAUCUGUGUAGCAGGCACCCAGCUUCCUGACAUACAGCAGGUGAUGAUACCAGUUGUGAGUAACAGUGCCUGUGCUAGUGCUUAUGGAGGGGUCAACAUAAGCAUCACAAGCAAUAUGAUUUGUGCUGGAUUGUUAAAUCAGGGAGGAAAAGGUGCAUGUCAGGGAGACUCUGGAGGUCCAAUGGUCAGCAAGAACGGCUCCCUGUGGAUUCAGUCUGGCGUUGUGAGUUUUGGUCGAGGAUGUGCUGACCCCAAAUAUCCUGGUGUGUACUCCAGAGUAUCUCAGUAUCAGGACUGGAUCAAGUCUUACACGGGCAGCAACCCGCCUGGAUUUGUUCAAUUCAACACUGACACUGAACAUUCAACUAUGACGACGAAUACAAAUACAACUGCAACUACAACUGCAACAUCCAACUCCAACUUCAGAAGUGCACGCAAACUCCUCUUAUUCAACCUUUCCCUCAUUCCUUUCUCCCUCUUUCUCUUUUCUUAAGACUGAUUGAACUGUUGUCUUGUUAUAUUUGUCAGUUAUAAUCUAUCUUUUCAAAAAUUUACUUUUCUUUUUAACAUUAUAUAAGCAAUAUUAAUAAAGUUUAUUAUGUAUCUGUCCUCUGUUUUCAUAUAUAGUAGCGGGAAUAAAUAUUUUGACAUUAUAAGUCUUUACUGUCACUUUUCAUCCGUUCAGUGCAUACUUGCUGAAUACACUUGUUAAUGUCCUCGAAAUAGAUACAAAUAAAUAAAUAAAUUGUG